GUUGAAUAUAAUUUGUUUUAUAUAUGAGGUCUUUCAUAUUCCAGGUAACUCAAUGCACAACAUUGUAAACUAAAUGCUAGCAACUCACUAACAGUGUAGACAAAUGCAGCAAGUGUUGGGCAUUAAGCAGCAGCACACAUAGCAGUAGAUGUUAGAAGCAGUUCUCCUAAAAGAGAGAGCAGGGGAAAUGUUGACCUAGAUUAUCCUUUAUAUGCAUAUUGGAAAAGUGCCAUGGGAUCUUUGAUUUCACCAUGGGCAGAGGUGGGGUGGGAUCACCUUGCUUUAAAUAGCUUAUGAUUUCAGGAAAGAUUUAAUUGCUAUGCCUUCCACUAUGCCUGAAAUACCUUCCAAAUCCUGCAUCCCAUGUAACCUCCCUUUCCUUCAUAUUCCUCCUCACAACUCGCCUAUUCCCACGCUCUCUCCAACGCUGACUCCUACACCCAUGCUGCCCUUCUAAUGUAGGUAGGAUAAUAACAUUUAAAAAGCUGAUAGUGCUGUGACCCAAAGUAUAAAGGAAGCAACCUUAUUAGCUUGCCCUGCAUCGUUUCCCCUUCUAGUAUGUCAUACCAUAUCCAAUUUACAAUUUAAAUAGGCUUACUACUGCUAUAUAGCACCUUCCUCACAAUUGACUUCCUUGGAACUUUUUGUGGGGUAAGGCACAUCCUAAUGUGAGUAAGGGUAUCAGAAUCUGACCCUUAGAUUGUAAAUUCUUUGGGGCAGGGAUUAUCUAUGUAUUCUCUCUGUAAAUAAUUAUAUACUUAAAUUAAUCCCUAGCACCAGCACUCUACAAUGGGUGAAGAGGGAUAGGAAGGUGUCUCCAUUUAAGCAUUACGGAGUGUGAGGUCUGCGUGGUUUCCAAAGUCCAGUUUGAAAGGGCUGGACCCAGAGUUCAUUCCAGGUGGGCACAGUGAUCCAGUUCUUCUUUAUGCUUCUUUCCAGGGCCUCCAACCAGAGCCCAUUCCAUGUGGGUCUGGUAAUUUAGUGCUGGUUUUGUUCCUCCCCUCCAAGGAGUUGUACUGGAUAUUUGAAAGAUCAUGAAUAAUUAUUGAUAUAAAGUUUGUUUUUGUCUCAUGUUUUGCGAACCUGUCUUUUGAGAGGCUGGGUAAGGAUGGGUGAAAAUUGGAAGAGGAAUCCUGGUCCCCGUCAUUUUCCAAAAGUUUCAUGCAUACAAGUUCCUCCAUCUGCUCAGGAUACCUACUUACUGAAGGACCUGAAGCGAGGCCAGAAAUGCUACCUCUACAGCAUCAUGAGAGUUUAUGACAGCAAACCUCUGAGGGAAAUGCUGUCUCAUCAGUACAUGCUCAAUCUCCAGCGCCAGAAUUUGCUGGGUCAUAUUACUGAGCAUGAAGUCCAGUUUUACACCUCCUUCCUGGAUCAAGCUGAAGAGAGAGAACCAAGAAAGGUCUCAGCUAGAAACAGAGCCUCUCUGAAGUCUAGUGUUGGGAGAACUCAGCCGUAGAUCAUAUUCUAAGGGACAUCGCUGUGAUCAUCUAGUCUGACCUGCUGUAUAACACAGGCCAUAGAACUCCCCCAAAUAAUCCCUGUUUGAACUAGAACCUCUCUUUUAGGAAAAGAUCCAAUGUUGAUUUUAAAAAUUGCCAGUAAUGGAAUUUCCACUAUUAUAUCCCAUGAUAAAUUGUUCCAAUGAUUACUCUAUGUUAAAAAAUUGUGCCUUAUUUCCAGCCUGAAUUUGUCUAGCUUCAACUUUCAGCCGUUGGAUCUUGUUAUACCUUUGCCUGCUAGACUGAAGAGCCUAUUUUCAAUUUUUCUAUUUCCCAGGUAGGCACUUACAAGAUAUAAAGGUAAUAAUUGGAGAUAUACCAAUCUCCUAGAACUGGAAGUGACCUUGAAAGGUCAUGGAGUCCAGCCCUCUGCCUUCACUAGGAGGA